AACAUUUACUUUUUAUUAAAACACAGCUGUCGUUUGAAUCCUAAUUUAUACAGAAUAUAAACAGAAUUUUAGCUUUAAAAAAAUAGACAUGCAUCUAUUAUACAUCAAAUUCUGUCACUAAACAAAUUAAACACAUUCAACUAUUUUAAUUGUUGCAGUUAUCUGUGCAUUCUUUGGGAAAGAAGCUUGCUGACCAGGUAUGUUGUAUUAUUGUUUUAAGUACCUCAAUGAUUAUCGUGAAAGUAUAGUUAAUUUAGGUAAUGUAUACACGAGUCAAGAAAAUAAUAACGUUUAAUAAAAUGCACAUAUACAAAUUUUACUUUGCAUCACAAUAAAUUGUACAAUAUCAAGUGAAAAUAAAACAAAUUGCUAAACAAAAUGAAGACACUCGGAAAGCAGUCACAUAAAGCACAUUAAAGACACGAGUAUUUAGCAAUUUACUAUACAAGUCACUAUUUACUGUUUAAUCAAGUAAGAAUUAUGAUUCAUUGUCUUCUUUCCAAAGGAGCACGAGUAAUUAGUGACAUAGGAUCACCAAUUAUUUUAUCUUCUAAUGAUGUAGCUGCAGGUACUACAACCUCUCGAAGGGAAUAUAAUCUCAUUAAACGGGAAACAAAAUCUGAAAAGUGCCCACAGAAACAUGGGGAAAUGCACACUGGUUGAAACAUAGGGACAUAAUUGAGAGAUCAUAUUGACUAUGAAUAAAAGUAAGGAAGAUUGACAUGUCAGGGAUGAUGGCCGGUUGUCAAGACUAAUGAAGGAGUCGUAGGAUAGAACAAGCCAGAGGCAAUCCACAGUGGAUUGUAGGAGCUGCUCGGGAUGAUGAUGAUGGCUUGGGGAGGCCCUCAUCCAACAGUGAAUAGAUAAUGGAUGAAGAUGAUGACUAACCUCUACAUUGGAAAAUAGACCAUCGUAUUGCGGAAUAUAUUUUGUAUCAGAGGAAAUUGUAACAUUGUAUACAGCGAAAGGUCAGUGCUUACAUGAAUGUUUUCCGUUUUAUCUCGUAUUUUCAAAUCCUAUUUAGGAUCAAAAGCUUCAACUUCAAAUGCUUGGCAGAGAAAGGGUAGUCAGUCAGUUAUCAGAGGUUGUUAACUUGCAUUCCAGCGUCAGCAAACAGUGUGAGACCUACAGGCAAGCACAGGAUAUGCUGGAAAGGAAUGUCCAAGAGUCCUUGAAAUUAAACAAAAAACUGCUGUAUACCAACAAGCAUCAAGGAUGCAUAGAGGAGGGGCUCAGGCAGAAGCUGCAAAAGGUAUCUGCGGAAUUGCUGCGGGCAAAGAUUGACACUCAGACUAAGAUGGAGGAGAGAAAGCGGGAGGUGAAUCAAAGGCACCACAAACUGGAAGAGGCACAGCUUCAGCUGCAGAAGGAGAUGGAUCUAGUGAAACUUUUAUCACAAUCGAUAACUGCAUUACGACAGGAAAAACAGGAAACGAACAAAGCACUUGAAGAAUCACAAAGACUCAUUGAGCGACAAAGUGUGCAUGUGAACAGAACUAAAGAAGACAAUGUUUCACUUUUACAAGAAAACCAGGCUUUAAAGGAUGACAACGAAAAACUAAACGGACGCAUGAUGGAGAAAGAUGAAAAUUGCAAGAGUAUAAAAGGACGCUUUGAAAACACAACAAUGACCCUUGAAGAAGAGAAUAGGAAACAGCAACUCAAGCUUGAGUCAUUGCAAUUAAAGUAUGACAUUCUGCAACGCAGCUUUCAGGAAAUAGAGGAGAGUAACUGUAAGUUCAAAUCGCGAGUAAGAGAGCAGGAACGAAAGAUUCAAGGCCUCCAGCAUUCAUUUAGCUACCAAGGAGAUGAAAAAAAUAUGAGAAUUGACAGUUUGGAGAGCAGUCUUGCAGAAAGAGAGUUGGAGAUACAUGCAUUCUGCAAAACAAACAAAGAAUACUCAUCAAAGGGAACGCAGUCUGAAAACCAAACCCUGUGCACUGUUAGUGACACAAUUAAAAUUAUUGACGAUGAGGUUUUGAAAAACACUGACAUUUUAAUUGAAGAGCAGAAAGAAUCGGAGCCACGUGUAAAUGACGUUUCCUGCGCAGACGCUUGCGUUACAAGCGACAAUCCAUCAGACGCAAGUCCUGUGCUGUGUGCAAGUCCUCAGUUUUCGGAUGCUCAGGAAGAGAAAACAAAAACGCAAAGCCAUGUAAUUAAAGAUUGCAUUGCAAUAACAAACAUGGGAACAGAAAGACAUUUGAAUCUGCUCGCUCCUGAAAAACAAGUCAUGGCAGACAUCGGUGAGGUCACGAAAGAGGCAGAGUUACUAAAUUUACUGUUGCAAAAUACAACAGUAAUUAAUAGUUCCGAGAAUUUAUGUCAGCAAAAUGUUUCAAACGUACAAACUAAUCCCACUGUUAACAAACAUAGUGUCGCAAUGCCAGAAUCUAAAGAAAAAAGAGCUUUAUCGUUGGAAGAACAGCACGAAGACGAUGUUAUCGUUUCUCAUGAGAUAAGUGAGCAGGGAAUAUUAGGUGAAAAAAACAAAGCAGAUCGAACCGCUAGCAUUGAUAUCCAGCUAAUUUCAGCAGGAGCCAGCUCUAAGCUUGCAACUGUUGGGAUUGCUGGCAAUGUAAACGAGAGCUCCACGGUACCCCAUAGGGCCCCAGACUGUGUUUCUGAUGCACUUCCUUUUUUAACGAAAUCGUCCAAUGAGGGGAUAGAGAGCUUUACGUCAGUUUCUGAAGCGAUCGGCAACCAACUUGUAACCGGUCACGAAGAAAGUUCUACCAGUGUCGAGUCAGGAGCAGCCUCUGUCAAUUUACCAAUUGUUCACCUAGCCAACAUAGCUACUGAAAUAGCUACCACUUAUAAGGAAAUGUGCAUUGCUCUACCAGAUGCUGAUUCUAGUGCCAGUGGUGUGGAAAUAUGUGAGCAAGUAAGAAGCAUGAGCACUGAAGUACAGCUGGCCGUUGAAAGUGACAUCGUAGCUUGUGAAGAAAAUACUGUUACUGAUGCUUCUUCAAUAGCAGAAAAACACAUUGAUUCGCAUGCUUUUGGUGAUAGAGAGAUCAAGGGUCUAUCACCUAAAAUUAAAUUAGCAAGUACAGUUGAUGAAAUUGUGCAUCAGCCAUCACAGUCAUUGGAGAUGGUCACACCUAUGCCACUUGAACACGUUGCUGUGGACAGUACAGGGACUAAUCCUGAGACUAAAGGCUGUGCUCCAACAGAACUGCCAGAUCAGUCACCAAUUGCACUUGAGUGUUCCCAUAUAGGUGAGAAGUAUGACGAGGCAGAUGGAAAAAUCUCCAUGCUGGGACAAUCCAUUACAGAUGACAAACACAAUGUCUGUUCACCAACUGAUGCCCCAAAAGUUGUGACCACUUUAUCUUUACGUGAAUUUCUAAAUGUUUUCUCACAUAAACCAACGAGUAGCAGUAACACGGAAAGUAACAACUUGCUAGAAAAGUGCAUUGCAAAGGAUCCAGCCACAGAAACUGCCAGCGUCUCCUCCUUGACAUCGUUCCGUGCUACAAAUCCUGGUUAUUACAGUAUGUAUAAGCAAAUUUUUUCAAGGAGAGAGGACAUCAAAACGCCCACUUCCCACACUCAAAGCUGCUCACCAUAUCUCACAUCGACCUCGAAUGCGACACAGCGGGACGCGUGUGUUGGGGACAGAAAAUAUUGGGGGCGUUGCGGUGAGCUGUCUAGCGCAGCCCCACAGAUCGCACAGCACAAGAACACCGCUGCAGGCACCUGUAGUGCUGCUGCUCACGAUACGCUUACGUCUCCUGCGGACGGUGUCACACAUCAAAGUACGAAAAGUAUCUUACACAAUGACCUUUGGGCAAGAUCCUCUUCAUCAAGCGCUGCUGUGAAACACCAGUUUAAUUCUGGUCUUCCUGGAAACCGGCCGCAGGGAAUUUUCCCGGGCGACGUGAUCAGCGGAGCCAAGCGGAAGAGAGAUUACAGCGGGGAAUGGAAUGCGAUUGCAGAGGCCUUUGACGUGGAGCAGCCUUCGUCCAAGCGCGAAUCCGUUGGGAAGAAAUUAAACGCCUCUGCGUUGCACGAAACUGCUCCCAUGUGUGUGCUUCCUGGCCCCAGUGUGAGACUGGAGGCCAAACACAAUGUCACCGACGUGGAACUGGUGGCUUUUUCUGAUGACGAAGAAGACAACUGCGCUAUAGGAAAUAAGAUCACAGACAUACAAAAAUUCUUAAAUGUGGACGUACUAAAACUAACAAAGAAAUGACAAAUAUUCUGAAGCUCAAAUAUACAAGUAAAACCAAGUUGCACUGCAUGUCCUUUACACAUCAAAGUUUUAAAAAAAGUAUCGUAAUCUUCCCAGCAUUGCGCUGGCAUAGCAUCUGAAUCAAAAGUGGUAAUGGUCGUUAGAGGUGUUUCAAAUAUUUGAAAUGUUUAUUGCUGUUAAAUGUUAUUGCUGUUAAAUGUUAAGGUCUUAACUACAGUGUUUAAUACUAUCGUUUUAUUAUAGUAAUACAAUAAAAAACUUCGCAAAUUGGUUAUGUUUUAUGUUCUACAAAUGCUUUUUGACAUGUUUAGGUUAUGUAAUCUAUGUAGUGCUUCAUUCGUCGUUUUAAACCACUACCAAUUGGGCAUGCUUGCUAUCUUAGUCACUGGUUAAACAAACAACUAUUUGACGUGAUGUUUCAAAAGCUUUUUAGACUUUUUUGCAAUAGUCCACCUUAAUGGAAUGUUAAUGUUUUGGAUAAAUAUUUUAAAUAAAUUUCCUAACACAAAUAGGGUGUCAAAUAAAAUAAUGACACAUCGGAGCAGUGCUCAUAGAAGUGUAGUAAUAGUGUCUUAGCGGAACUGGUAAUGUAAGUGGGAUGAAUCCCUUGUGCUCACGACUAGUCAUAUGAUUGAUCACCUUGUAAUUGCAUGAUUUGUUAGAAUAUUUAUUUGCAAUUCGAUCCAAGAAUAUAUUUUUUUCUCUACUAUUGUGUAUGUAUACAUCUCUAAUGUCUGCAGGGUUUAUGUGAAGCAAUUGCAACAAAUGAGAAUUUAAAAUACAAUUUGCAUAGGUUAUAACUUAUUACAUUCGAUGCGUGUAUAAAGAGUGUCAGAAUCAUCAUUUCGUCAGGAAUUGAUGCAUCUCUACAUGCUUCUUUAAACGUUGUUUAAUGAGCUUCAAAUCCUCUGCUGAAGUUGCAGUGCAAUGAUGGCUUUUCAAAUUCUGUCAAAACACUGCAGUAUAUUAAUCCGUGUCACAAUGUAAAUGGGUGCCCUGCACACCACGUUCCAGGCACUCUUUUACUGAUGUACAAGACUAUAUCUUCCACACUGGCUGCAUGCUUUGGAGUAGGUCAUGUUACUUUAAUAAAAUGUCAUUUACUUCAGUAUGUUAUCUUAAUCCAUACACGCCUCUGUAUCUCUCACUGAAAUUCCACGCAUGAAUCUCUCUCUGCUUUGUAAAAUUUUCUGUUUUCGCUGAUUUUUGUGUGUGUUAAUGACCAUGUUUCCGAAGCAUAUGUCGGAGCAAGUUGUGCGCACGAUUACAAACCUACUGAUUGUCAGGUACUUCAAAAUAAUUAUGGCUGAAUUAUUUUCAAAUCUAAAUAU